UAAGUGGUGAAGGGGGCUCAGAUAUAAUGUUUCAGGUGCUGCUGAGCCCAUUGGUCUGUGAGAGAAUCGACUUCCAUAAAGAGAAAGAUGGGGUUUCCUUUGCCUUUGGGGAAUGCAAUAUAUACCAACUUAUAAUGCCAAAAGUGAGCUGCGUUCAAAUCCGUCGCUCCGUCCUGUUUCCGUCUUCCACUAAAAGGUUUGAAGCCAAACGAGUGCGAAGAUGUCAGAGAAAAAGAUGUCGUCGAGUCGGAAGCAUCAUCUGAAGAGUUUGAUGCUGUCCAUCGCCAAAGGUUUACUGGAGGAGGAAGAGAGGGAGCGAGAGGAGGAGAGGAGGAGGUACAUGGCUGAGAACUGUUCUCCGGUGUCCAUGCCGAGGGGCAUGCAGGACCUGCUGGAGCUGUGCAAAGAAAUCCACCACAAGAUCGAAGUGAUCGAUGAGGAGCGAUACGACCUGGAGAUGAAAGUCAACAAAUCCAACAAGGAGAUUGACGACCUGAAGAUCAAAGUUCAGGACCUGAUGGGGAAGUUCAAGAAGCCCGUCCUCAAGAAAGUGCGUAUGUCCGCUGACGCCAUGCUGAAGGCUCUGCUGGGCUCCAAACAUACAGUCAACCUGGACCUGAGGGCCAACCUGAAGCAGGUCAAGAAGGAGGUGAAGGAGGAGGAACUGCGUGACGUCGGCGACUGGCGUAAAAACAUUGAGGACAAAGCCGGCAUGGACGGCAGGAAGAAGAUGUUUGAGGCCGAGGCUUAAAUCAAAAGCUGCAUCUGCUCUUAGCAAACCUGCAGGAUUUGCACUUCCUGUUUUUCACUGACUGGUUCAACCUGAAAACCGUUUAAAUAGAACAAAUUAAUUUUUCUAAUUCCCUCGAAAGCUGCAGAAACUUUGAAUAAACAAGCAUCACCUGCUGAA